GCAUCAAUCAAGCAACUUGAUGAGGCAGGUCCCCAAAAGGUCUACACCACCCCACACCAACAUGAACUCCGAUUAAACCAUUGUCGGAAGGUAGGCGUUGACUGACCGAGUGACCGUCCUCUUGCCCCCUUAGCCAUGGCCAGCUCCAUUUCACACUCUCGCCAAUCUCAUCUCUCUCUCAUCCACUUCACUCUCCUCCUUCUCCUUUUCACACCCUUUUCCCUCUCCACAACUAUAACCCAAGAGCAGGAAGAGAAACAAGAUGAAGCAGAUACCUCAAUCACCCGCUUCCAACGCUACCUCCGAAUCAACACCGCUCACCCCAACCCAGCCUACUCCUCCGCUGUCUCCUACCUCAUCUCCCAAGCCGAAUCCCUCGCCCUCCGCUACCAAACCCUCUACUUCUCCCCAAACAAGCCCCUCCUCCUUCUCACAUGGCAAGGCACCGACCCUUCCCUCCCUUCCAUCCUCCUCAACUCCCACCUCGACUCCGUCCCCGCCGAGCCCUCCAAAUGGCAGCAUCCUCCCUUCUCCGCCUUCCGCCGCUCCCACGACGGCGCCAUCUUCGCCCGAGGCGCCCAGGAUGACAAGUGCAUCGCUAUGCAGUACCUCGAGGCCAUCCGCAACCUCAAGGCCCGCGGAUUCACCCCCUCAAGAUCCGUCCACGUGUCACUCGUCCCCGACGAAGAGAUUGGAGGUGCCGACGGGGCUGCUAAGUUCGUCGAAUCGAAGGAGUUCGCGGAGUUGAAGGUUGGAUUUGCGCUCGACGAAGGGCAGGCGUCUCCUGGGGAUGAGUACAGAGUGUUCUAUGCCGAUAGAUCGCCGUGGGGGCUGAAGAUUAAGGCGAGGGGGCAACCCGGACACGGGGCCUGGAUGUAUGAUGGGAGCGCCAUGGAGAAUUUGAUGAAGAGCGUUGAGGUUAUCAACAGGUUUAGGGAGAGCCAGUUCGAUGUUGUUAAGACUGGGAAAGCUUUGAAUUCGGAAGUUGUUUCGGUUAAUCCUGUUUAUCUCAAGGCUGGGCUUCAAUCAGAAUCUGGGUUUGUGAUGAAUGUGCAACCUUCAGAAGCAGAGGCUGGUUUUGAUCUCAGGUUGACCCCUACAACGGACCCUGAUGAAAUGAGGAGGAGAAUCGCAUCUGAAUGGGCACCAGUUAUUAGAAAUAUGUCGUAUGAGUUAAUUGAGAAAGGACCCAUUAGAGACUACUUGGGACGGCCAUUAAUGACUGCAAUUAAUGAUUCCAAUCCAUGGUGGUCAGUGUUCAAGCAAGCUAUAACAUCAGCUGGAGGAAAGCUUUCAAAGCCUGAAAUUCUCGCUUCGACUACUGAUGCCCGAUUCCUUAGACAAAAAGGAAUUCCAGUUCUUGGUUUCUCUCCAAUGAGAAACACUCCCAUCUUGCUCCAUGACCACAACGAGCAUCUACGAGAAACAGUGUACUUGAAUGGUAUAGAGGUAUACGAGUCUCUGAUAAGUUCCUUGAGUUUGUUUCCAGAACCAUCACAACCUUAGGAUUUAGCAGUUGUUUCUCAAAUAAGUAGGGGGUUGGGUUGCUUUGCUAAUCUAUAAAAAUAUUCAAGGAUAUGAUAUACUAUGUUCUUUGGAAUAAAUAUCUGAGGCUACUGUUGGUAGUUGAAAUAGAUAACAAAUACAGACUACAAUAUCUGUCUCCCUAUGAAAAUAUAGGAAAUUUGAUACACUAUUUUAUAAACUUGUCUCCAGCUUCAAGACAUUCUUUUUUGUAUGACUCCUAUUUCAGCUACCUAAUGUAGCCUGUGUUUUCUGCCCCAUAAGGCAAUUAAAAGCUAAUAAUAGAGAAGAAAAAGAAGUAAAUCUUAA